GAAGUCAUCGAUCAGUACCGAGCCGGAGGAGCACGCAGCACAGCAGCAGCAGCGGGGUGUUAGCUUCAACACAGCGGUGAUGGUCUGUCUAACUCCCAGAUAACCUACUGCCACACGACAAUGACAGACUACAGCGAAGAGCAGAGGAAUGAGCUGGAAGCUAUAGAGUCCAUCUAUCCAGACUCAUUUACAGUGCUUUCAGAUGAUCCCACCAGCUUCAGCAUCACUGUGACGUCAGACGCAGGGGAAGAUGGUGAAACCGUGGAAGCAACAUUAAAGUUCACAUAUGUAGAGAAAUACCCAGAUGAGCCUCCGCUGUGGGAGAUCCAUGCCCAGGAGAACCUGGAGGACAGUGAUGCUGAGGACAUCCUCAGCUUACUGCAGCAGCAGGCAGAAGAGAACCUGGGCAUGGUGAUGAUUUUCACCCUGGUGACAGCUGUUCAGGAGAAACUGAAUGAAAUAGUGGAUUUGAUGAAAAACAGACAAGAGGAGGAGAAACGGCGGAAAGAGGCAGAGGCAGAGGAAGCCGAGAAGGUGGCUUUCCAGGGCACAGUUGUAACCAUUGAAAACUUCUUGGCGUGGAAAGCAAGGUUUGAGGUGGAGAUGGCUGAGCUGAGGAGGAAAAGACAGAAAGAAGAGGAGCAGGCAGGAAAAAUCAAACUCACUGGUAAACAGCUGUUUGAGACAGACCACAACCUCGACACAUCUGACAUCCAGUUCCUUGAAGACACUGGUAACAACGUUGAAGUGGACGAGUCACUGUUCCAGGACAUUGAGGACUUGGACUUGGAUGAGGACGACCCAGACUUUGACCCUUUAGAGAUGGGAAGUGAUGAGGACUAAACAGGAGCAGCACAGAGGACAGUCAGGACCACAUCAGCUGGUCCUGACCAUCACCAUCUGACCAGACACGUUUAUGUUUGAAAGACUCUAACAGCAGCUGGGCAGGAAAUCUUCAUAAAUACAACACGUACAUUACACAAACACGAGUGUUCAUUUCUAUGCCUCAACAAUGAAACUGACCAAAUAAACAUCCGUCUUUUGA